GACUAUUGUACCAAUUUCGGUAAGUUUGCCAGGAAAUGAUUGGUGGAAGAAGCAAGACGGCGAAAGCGUGGCCGCGUUUGUUUUCUCUCCCCUCCACAUUCCACACAAGCGAGGAGUCGACACCCUUCAUUCGCGUGAAGACAAAACCUACCCCAGCGUCACUCUGGAGCACCGGCUAGCUUAGCUUGCUAGCUGCUAACAGAGAGAUAGCAACACGCGCCAAGUGUCGGGAUCGUGUGAAAAUGUGUCAAGUCCAAAUGCUGAGAGCGUUGGUGAAUCAGCGACUAACUGCGGCUGUUGAAGAAAUAUUUGUAGUGUUGGAAAGAACCAUAGCAGAGUACGAGGAGGAACUUUCUCGAACAAAAGAGGAGAACGAGCGACAACGUCAACUACUGGACGCCGUUUUCAGGAAGCAGGAAGUUGUGUUUGCAUUUACAGGCACACAAACGGCGUACAUGGAGGACGUCAGACCCGCAGGAAGCUCCGCCCAAGAAGAGCGGGAGGAGCCCCCGCCCCCCCACAUCAAAGAUGAAGAGGAGGAGCGCAGCAUCGGUUGGGAGGGGUUCCAAGAGCCGGACGCGUCCCCAGUGAUUCGUGUCGUUGUGAAGAGUGAAGAUGAUGAAGACGAAGGUCAAGGUGAGGAGACGAGAGGGGCGGAGCCUCCGAGCAGCAGCUCAGAAGCCGACGGAGACCACCGCAGAGGAGCACGAGCAGACUCGGCCGCGCUGUCGGAUAGCGACGACGCCACGUCCCCCUCGCCUGACUCUGAUGACGAAGACGCUAGAAGAUGUCCGCCCGACACGACGCGCUUGAACUGCGCUCAGUGUGACAAAAGCUUCGUGAACAAGAGAAACCUGAAGCGACACAUGAGAUCUCACACGGGUGAAAAAACCUUCAUCUGCUCGUUUUGCGGUCAAGGCUUCUACGAGAACGCACAUCUGGUGAUACACACCAGAAUACACACUGGCGAGAAACCAUUUCCCUGCUCAGUCUGCAGCACCAGCUUUCGUGUCCGUCCGCUAUUGAUUAAGCACAUGAGGACGCACACCGGAGAGAAACCUUUUUCCUGCUCCGUGUGCGGCCGAAGGUUUGCUCAGAAGGGACAACUGAUAACGCACACGCAAACGCACACGGGCGAGAAACCUUUUGCUUGCUCGCUGUGCGGUCAGCGAUUCUCUCGGAAGGGUAAUUUGAGAACGCACACCACGACGCACACCGGAGAGAGACCGUUUUCAUGCUCGGUCUGCGGCACAAGCUUCCGAGUUCAGUCGGGGUUGGUCCAACACAUGAAAACACACACCGGGGAGAAACCUUUUGCCUGCUCCGUUUGUGGCAAACGAUUUGCUCAGAAUACAAAUUUGAUAACGCACACCAGAUCGCACACUGGGGAAAAACCUUACAACUGCUCCAUGUGCAGCGCUAGCUUUAGUUAUCAUUCGUCCCUGAAUAACCACAUGAGGACGCACGCUGCCGAGUGCGUCUUGUUGCCGAGCGCGUCUAGCUGCAGCGUGGAGGACGUGAAUGGAUGACCCACACGGUGGUGGGGUGAAUUGAAGCCCCAGGAUGAGUCGCUAGUAGCAUGCUACAAUAUGCUGUAGUCCUCGUUUCUUUAUCACGAAUAAUCUUUACGGAUGGAAAUAUGUUCACGUGUCAUUUAUUGGUUUGGUAAAAAGAAAAAUGGCGACGUAUGGAAAAAUAAAUGAAGAGUUCGGUGCUCAAGGGCGUCCCCGACAUCAUUCAUCAACGCUGCUUAAGGAAAUGAAGUUCCGCAAUGUUCCAGGUUUGAAAGCAAACAGGAAGUGAGUAAAAUGACAUUCCUUCUUGAUGGAGCUAGCCAUGACGAGCUAGCUCUCGCAGCCUCGUUUCAGG